AUGGCCGUGCAGUCGCACGAUGAGCCCGCUGACCGACGGACCUGGGCUGACACACAUCUUCGACGGGGUACUGAAGGUGUGGCUGGCAAGUUCAGCGAUGCGACGCUUGACAAAAUUCGCGCUAUGCCUGAGGUGGAUUACAUUGAACGGGACCAGGUUGUUUAUGCAAUCCGCGAGCCUGUCGAAAAAUAUGAUACCCAAAAAGCCAGCCCAUGGGGUCUGGCUCGUAUCUCUCAUCGUGAAAGCUUAGCUUAUCGACCUUUUCCGCAAUUUGAAGGCCGCGCCCACUGGGGGCAUACGGCUAUCGAAGACGGCGUUGAUGAGAUGGUAACGGCCAUGGCACCCACUGUUCACGCCGUCAAGGUUCUUGGUUCAAACGGCAGUGGUCCAAUGUCCGAUGUCAUUGCUGGUGUCGUCUGGGCCAGCAAUCAAGCUCAAGCCAAGGCUAUCGAAGCUAUCAAGGAGUUCCGUGCCACUGGCAAGACCUCGCAUAAGGGCUCCGUUGCCAACAUGUCGCUUGGAGGUAGCAGUCUCCUUCUCUUGAUACUGCUAUCGACACCGCUGUCCGCAACGGAAUGCACUUUGCCGUUGCUGCCGGUAAUGACAAGGGACGCCUGCAGCUACUCUCCAGCUGGGGCCGAACUUGCCGUAACUGUCGGUGCCAGUACCAUUGGUGACGAGCGUGCUUACUUUUCGAACUAUGGCAAGUGUGUCGAUAUCUUCGCGCCCGGUCUCAACACAAGAGCACUUGGAUCGAUAGAGUUUCAUUCCAUUUUCAGUGGCACUUCCAUGGCGUCCCCUCAUGUUGCCGGUCUUCUUGCCUACUACCUUUCUAUUCGUGGCUUGGUCUCGAACUGGAACCCGACUGCAGCAGUCACAAUCCUUCCCAACUGGAUGUCUGCUUUCAUCCCUGCAUCGUUCAUCGAGAAGAACAUGCCCGUCUCGGUAUCUGUCGAGUCGUUCUACAACGAGGAUGGGUCACUUGAUGUGACUCAGUUCGGUGGCAUCACUCCUGCUCAGCUCAAGAAGGCCCUGAUCGAACUUGGUGAGAGAGACAAGCUCAACGACCUUCCUCCCGAAACGGUCAAUAUCUUGGCUUUCAAUAAUGCUACCAACGCGGCUGGCUACCCCUGGUACUAA